CGGCCUCCCUCCCUCCCACCCCCGGCGGCCGGAGCAGACUGGGGCCGCGCGUCUCCGGCGGGGGCUCCGCUGCGCUCAGGCGGGGCCGGGGGUAAAGGAAUAUCCGGGAGAUAUCCGUCUGUGCCGGCACCUCCUCACCCCGGCAGUGUACGGCCGGCAACGCGGCUCACAUCCACCCCGUGACAGCGUCAAUGAGCAGGAACGCAGCUACAGGGAGCCGAGGAAAGGCCGCUAGGAUGGUGCUGCACUCCUGCCUCUCUGUGCUCUACCUGAUGCUGUGUGCACUGGCCGUGAGCGGGGUGAGAGCCAGCCCAGAGACCCUGUGCGGGGCCGAGCUCGUGGAUGCUCUGCAGUUCGUCUGUGGCGAACGAGGAUUCUACUUCAACAAACCCACGGGCUACAGGUCGAAUGUGCGGAGGCCACACCGAGGGAUCGUGGACGAGUGCUGCUUCCAGAGCUGUGACCUCAAGCUGCUGGAGAUGUACUGUGCAAAGCCCCAACGACCAGACAGUUCCCUCCGCAUCCAGAGGCACACAGAGAAAGGACAGAGGGAGAACAUUUGGAGGAACCCCAGCCGAGCGAAUGCCAGUGCCGUCAACAGGAAUUAUCGAAUCUGAGCUGGGAGUGCCACGUGCCCGGGGCUGCUGGAGGUGGAUUGGUUCAGUGGGCUCGGUGUAAAUGUCACCAAUGAUUGGAGUCGUCGUCGGGUUACUAGUUAUGAAAGGAUACUGAUCGACACCAGAACUCUCUCGGUCGAGCCGUGCAAGUUCUACCAAGUAAUCGCCGUUCCUGGACAACUGUUUCCUGGGGCAAAGUGCAGGACUGGACAAACAAUGCCUUGUGUUCCUAAAAGAGUUCUCAGCAGUUUCUCGUUCAUGGCCGGUGCCCGGACGGUUACUGUACCCACCUUGCACAAGGUGGUAACGAUGUGGACUUCAUUUUAACCCGUGCCCUUUUAUUGCGACAGCUUUUCUUUUUAACAUUAUCUAUGGAUUGGACUCGAGACACUUGGCACUGCAAACCAAUUUUUAUUGUAAGCUGCAACUUUGAAACGCAUUCAUUUCCAGUUAGGAGUACAGUUGAUAAAGAAAUGACUACUUUUGAUCUCUGCUUUAGAGGGGGGGAGGUGAUAGAAUGGGAUGAGGUACAGUUGACUGGGGGUAUAAGCUAGAGGAUCAAGUUUGGGGUACUGCCAAUCUAUCCAAGUGACAUAUACAUAAUGGCAAUGUGCUAUCACCAAAAAAGAAAAUGGAGACCUGGUUCCAGGUAUUUUCUAAAUAUUUGCAGUAUAAGUUGGACUGUUGAUUUUUGUAACAGCAAAUAUUGUUAGGCUACAGGGCACAAUCUGAUAUCAUUCUGCUGAUAACCCAAAUCCCUGCCAAAAAAGUGAAAGUUGACCUUUAAUUCGUAUCGUUGUUAAGUUGGAUUUCUCUGAACUUGAAGUUUGUAUCCAAAAGAUAAGUUUCUAACUCAAUUCUGCAGCCAGAGAUGCUGACCUUCAAUCUGGUGUGGAAUCUGGCCACUCAUACCCUUGCUUGGAGAAUACAAAGGCAGCAAUUCAAAUUAAUCUAAAUUUUUUUUUGUCACCAAACUUUCCAUCGUGUCUUUACAAUUGGGACAUCAGCAUUUUGAGACACGUUGGAUUUUUGUGCACUCAGUUUGAAUCCAAUUCGGGGCAUGGAUUUAGAAAAGUGUGUGGGUUGAGGAUCGGUGGGGGGGGGGGGGGGUGUUGGUGACAUUGGACUGGCAGAAGAUGGCUAGUGCAUCUUCAUUCCUUCGUUUUACAUGACAUUCACAUUUCUUCAGCUCCAGUCUCCAUCUCCCUGUGGGGUACAACUGAUAACACACACCCUAACAGAUGUCACCUCUAUACGUGAGGUGGUUACAAUAAGGGGUGCAACUUUGGCAGCCUACCAGAGAAUGCAUUUGCACUGGGUUCAUGUCUCUGUUUUUCAUUGCCUGAGACCUUUUGUGAAUACAUGUUCUCGACAUUAUUGUAGCAACCUUCAAGAGUGCACAAGAGGUCCAAUCUGAUGUCCUGGCACAGGAUAAACGGGGUGGAGUUUGUAUAGCCAUUAACCUAAACAUUAACAAUUCAUAGACGGGGCUGAUAUAAGAGUCUGCUUGUUUUAAAUAUCUACAUUUUAUGUAACGAGGGGACAUAUUUGAUUUGUAGCGGAAUAUUCAACUUGUUCUGUACACAGGUGCUAUUGUGUUGUUUGAUUGAGAAUGUAUUUGAAUGUAAGAGUAAUACGUUUUAUGUAACAAAAUGCUGAAACU